GAGUUCUCGCUCCCGGAGGGCAACCACAAGGGCGAUUACGACGCCUGCAUGAAGUGCGGGGCCCGAUGGGAACGAGCCCCUCAUUUCGGCAACGCGGUCAAGGUCGAGCCCGGUUCGACAGCGGUGAAGAUGGAGUUUCCUGUGGAGGUGGAGGUUCCAGCGUGCCCAGUCCACGGGGCACCCAUGGAGAGGGCGCACGACCGCUACGAGAAGAAGCACGUGCACUUGUGCACGGUACAGGCUUGCGAGGAGACAAAGGAGAUUACGCUGGAGGGAUUCGAUAAGAUGAACGUGUCACUCUACUUCGGACGCCUAGACGAUAACGACGAGACGGAUGUCGUGAUCAUCGUGGCGCCAGUCAAUGUGAACAGCUUCGCGAAUGGCGACCUCUUCGGCGACCAGAUCGGCAGUGGGUACAUGGGCAGGUUCGCGGAUCGGGUCGACUACAUCACAGAGGACCGCGAGGACGACGCGAGUGACAGCGUCGAUAUCUUCAGGGUGCGGAGCGGGGCUAUCACGAGCGUCUUGUCUGACGACGACGGGCAUGCAGUCAUUCCCAAAGGACUUUUGCCGCGGGGCCUGGAGAGCUACCCAGGAAUGGCGCUGACGUCACGGAGAUCGACAGCCGACCUCGUGCCGCGCAACACUGUAUCCGACAUGGGCUCCAACCUGGAAGUCAUCGAUCAGGAGCAGCCGCUGAUCAUUAUCCACAGCCCGCCGUGCAAGGUGCGGAGCCGCAUCAGGGAUCUGUCAAACUACAAGCGCGACCAGGGCCUGGCCGAUGCCGACGGGAUCGGCUGGAUCAACGCCGACAUGCGCGAGUUCAACCUACGCGUCGACGGGGGCAAGCUCAACCGCAAGCCUACCAGCAUCCUCAGUAACAGCAUUGAGGUCAAAUUGCCGGCGUACAUCGACCAGGCCGACGACACCGAGAUCGAGCCGAUGGACACAAACCGUCUCCGGGGCCUCAUCCAGGCGCGGAAGACGAACCACAACGAUGGGGGGGACCCAGCAGAGGAGGAGGAGGCCACGGGCGAGCAGCUUGCGGCCCUCGCCUUCCGGGUGCAGUCCGGGGCGACCCCGUGCGUCGACAUGGGGAUCUGGCGCCCGAGAGGGGCCCGGGUCGCCCGCGCGUUCAAGUUCAAUGCGCACGCCCCCCAGCCGGGCGGGGGGUUCCAGCAGCGCGAGUGCAGCGGGCCGGCCUCGCUCCAGGAGUUGGCUGCGUUCCUGGCGGGUCUUCUCCUGGGAGAGGCCAGCGGGGCGCGCCUCGACCGGCACAAGGAGAAAGUCUCCCCGCGGUGCUGGUUCAUCGCGGCGCUGGCAGACAUGCACAUGCGCAGCGAGCACCUCGAGCGCAUCCCGAGGGGGCCUGGUCACGGCGAAGACGAAAAUUUCCGGGGCAAGGAGUUCGACGAGGAGGCGCUCUGGCACGCGACGCACGCGCAGUCCCUGGCCUCGGCCACCGACGACGGCACCGGGCCCCUGCGGGAGGUUGCCCGGGGCAGCAAGCGGGCGGCGCAGCGCGAGGAGGCCGCGGGCGGUCCGACCCAAGGGCGCUCCAAGCGCGGCGGGGGGGCCGAGCUCACCCCCCGCGCGGUCGGCCCGGCGGCAGGCGCCGGCGGCGGCGGGAGGCCGCCGUGGCAGAACUGGGGUGGCGGGCGCGGCGGCGGCGGCAAGGGCGGCGGCGAGGGCGCCGGCGGAGGCGUCACAGGGGCCGGCAAGGGCGCGGAGGCCCGCGCGUCGAACGGCCAGUACUUCUGGACAACAGAGGGCGCGCAGAUCUGCUGGGACUGGAACUGGGCCCCGAGCGGGCGCAGCGAGCCGUGCCCGAUGCGGCGCGCGCAC